AUGACGCCCGAGACCGUCUACUUGCCCGACGGGCAGACGUACACAGUUAGCCCAGUGUUUGGCGGUUUUGGCUUCAAGAGCAACGAUCUCACUCACGCGGCGCAUUUCCCUGUCGGCUGGCACAUUGUGGUACACACUGAAGAAGAAAAGAUUGUGUUCCAAGAUGGAUCCGAGGCAUCGGUGAAUGGAGAGGGCCACGCGCAACCUGCUGGAGACGAUCACGCCACCGCCGUGGACGCUGGAGAUGGCUCUGCGCAGAAGCGCAAAAAAAGAGUUCGACCCUUUGUUCAGCCGACUCGUCAAAACGACACGCUCUUCAUAUCCUCUCUCUCAACACCGUCUACCCAGGAAUAUGGACCACCUGCAAGCCCGACCAGACAGAUCGCCAUGAUUCUGUGGGUGAGCCUGUACUGGUAUUUCCACCAACGUGAACCGUCGCCGCGCAUGAGCACAAAAGCGUCCCACGAAACACCAGAGUCUGCAAAGCCCACGGGUGAAUGGCGCAUUACCAUUCAACGCGAUGGUGUGCUCCGCGGCCGCAAUUUGAUCCCCAAGCUUGAGCGUAUGGGCUUGCUAGCUACAGAGUCAACAGAUGUCGGUACCAGUCUCGAUGAUGGUGACGAGACGUGGUCCAACAUGUUUGUUUCUCAACGCAUGUUUUGGCAGCUGCCGCCAAACUUGUUUCUAUUCACGCUCAAGCCUGUCAAAGCUCCGUCCCCUUGGCCGGGCUCGUCGGGGUCACCUAAUGACAGUCGUCCUGGCUCCCCAGUGGCACAGGGCGCGACUCACCUUGCGGUGAGGGCAAUGUCUCCCCAGCCAGGGGUCGCGAGACUCUACAACGACUUGCCGGGAGCCCCGACUCCGACCAACAUCACAGCCGGGGUGUCGACGGCACACCCAAUCACGCCGUUCUUUUCGACGUCGCAUCUACCAACCUACUAUCCUCCGCUCACGUUGCAAUACACGUUCACGAACAAUCUGCGACACCCACUACGGCCUAAGCCGCCUCGUAUGGGCGAGAUAUUUUAUUCACGCUUUGUUCCAUCAGUCGGACGCUACUUGUCGUUUCGUGUGGCUUCUCUAUCUCCAGAGCCUGUGCCAUACUUUGGACCUAUGGGGCCUAACCCACCCGAUCACCCAGAGCUAGCAUGCCUCUCUGAUACGCAGCUGCUCGAGUCGUGGUUCGCCAAGCCCCGCGUGAGCGCUUUCUGGGGCAAGUUUACACCUGAAUUCUUGCCUACUGUUGUCAAAUUGAAGCACUCUUUCCCGGCAAUUGGUCUCUGGGACGGCGUGCCUUUUGGAUACUUUGAAAUAUAUUGGGUCAAGGAAGAUAUACUGGGCAAAGUGCUUGGUGGAGAGGCUGGCGAUUUCGAUAGAGGCCUGCAUGUAAUGGUUGGCGAAGAAUGGGCGCGCGGGCGGGCUUCUGAGUGGAUGACGGGCUUGGUGCAUUGGUGCCUCACGACGGACAUGAGAACCAUGAACGUUUGCUUGGAGCCGAGAAUUGAUAACGAGAGAAUCCUCAAACACUUGGACGAGUCUGGAUUUGGUCGAGAAAGGCAAUUAUCGUUCCCGCACAAACAAUCCUGCUAG